AUGAGUUUCCUCCCUGACGAGUUCAGGACCGCCUACAGCAACCGAUCUGGCCCAAAUCUUGCAGCACUGCUAACUCCAAUUGCGACUCCGAAUGACCCAGAUCGCCUACGCUCGUUUCACAAUUUUUCGAAUGCCGACUAUGUCAAAGAAGACCUCGGCGCCUGUCUCUUCAAGAACAAGAAGCCGAGAGUCUCGCACGCGGAGAAAAAUGCCUGGGUGGACAUUUUCGCUGCUUAUUGGGAAGCUGUGGGAGAACUUCUGGAGUUGGACAUCCCUAACCUGGGGGUUACCCCCGUUACAAUCUUCGUUGCAUGGAAGAAAGUGGCGAAUGCGCUCAUUCGAGGGUACUCCGCUUCCUCUGGCCUCCCUGCUUGGACGUUGCCUUGCUUGUACUCCGUGGGCAAGUACCUGCGUAUCUUUGCGAUCAACGCCGAUCUACAUGUGGCAUCCCAAGAAUCGUCUGCCCUCGACUUCCAGGAAGAUGUCGCGGCUGAUUCCGAAAAAAAUGCGAAUCUCGAAGAGGCCGCUCGCGUUAUUAACAGGAUGUUCACUCUAGCCCCAAUCGAGGAGUCCCGAAAGUGGGGAAUCUACAACACCACCAACUUGCUCUUCAAGACAUACUUCAAGAUUAACUCUGUCGGUCUGACCAAAAACCUCAUCCGUGCUAUCAAUGCUCAGUCGGAUGACCUACCUCCUCUGGAAGCGUUUCCAAAGUCUCAUAUCGUUACAUUCAAGUAUUAUCUUGGUGUAAUCCAUUUCUUGGAUGAGAAUUAUGCUGAGGCUGAGGAACAUCUUACCAGUGCUUGGAGACUAUGCAAUCGGCAUGCUGUCAAGAAUCAAGAGUUGAUUCUCACAUACCUCAUUCCCUGCCACCUAGUCACGACCCAUACUCUUCCUAGCGAACGACUCCUUUCUCCAUUUCCCCGUCUGGAAAGACUCUUCCGUCCCCUAUCGAACUGCAUUCGGAAGGGCGACCUCGUUGGCUUUGAUAAGGCAAUGUCUGCCGGUGAGGAAGAGUUUGUAAAGAGACGGAUCUACCUGCCGCUUGAGCGAGGCCGCGAUAUUGCCUUGCGCAACCUUUGCCGCAAGGUAUUCGUUGCUGGAGGGUUCGAAGAACCCAAAGAUGGCCAGGCACCCGUGCGCCGAACCCGUGUACCAGUCGCUGAGUUUGUGGCUGCUCUGCGCAUCGGUACUCAUGCCCUGGGCCGGGUGGAUACGGAUGUGGUCGAGUGUCAUUUGACCAACCUCAUCUAUAAGGGCCUCAUGAAGGGCUACAUUGCUCGAGAACGAGGAAUAGUCGUUCUGAGCAAGAAAAAUGAUGCUUUCCCAGGCACAGGCGUUUAG